CAUCUACAUGUAUUGAAAUCAAAUGCGAUGCUAUUUAAAGGGCCAGCUUCUAAAUAGACAAGAUGUAGCAGUUAAAAGACUAUCUAAGGGUUCCAACCAAGGGGAAUCCGAAUUUACGAAUGAGGUCCUCUAAGUGGCCAAACUUCAACACCGUAAUUUGGUUAGGCUUCUUGGUUUUUGCUUGGAAGGAAAAGAAAGACUUCUCAUCUAUGAAUUUGUGCCAAAUGCAAGCCUUGAUAUAUAACUUCAUAUUUGGUAGACAAAUGGGAUGUUCAAGACUGCUUCUGAUCUUAUUUUUCUAAUAAAUCUCAUUUCUACCGCCCACCCUGACUUCAAGUUUGCUUGUGUUAACAAUGGCAACUUCACCACCAACAGUACUUACGAUACCAACCUCAGCCGUCUGUUUUCUCAGCUAUGGGUUCUACAAUUUGCGCGUCGGCUGGGCCCUGGCCAUGUUAAUGCAAUCGGACUCUGGAGGGGAGACCAAAUGGAGGACAUUUGCAGAAGUUGCCUAAACGAGACAGUCGUCGAGCUCCAGCAGCGAUGUCCCAGCUACAAAAAGGCGAUCGGGUGGUCGGAAUGCUGUACGCUCCGCUACUCAAAUCAAUCCAUGAAAGGCAGUCCUUUCGCUAUAAUUUCUCAUGUUAACAACACCUCGCAUGUUGAUGGGUUCAAUCAGGCGUUGAGCUCCUUGUUGACUAAUUUGAGCAGUCGUGCUGCAGCUGGAGGCUCUCUUCGCAAUGAUAGUCUGACAACGGCAACCUCUAGGAUCUCCUCUGACUGCUACGGAUGCAUGCAGAGUUCUGCAACCCAGCUGACAACUUUAAUGCCAUUGCCUGACCUCAAAAUUUUUAGAAAUAGACUUUUGUUUAUUGUUUUGCGUCCAAAACUUUGCGUUUUGCGAGAAAUGGAAAUGGAAAUGGAGCAAAACAACUCAAACAAUCAUCAUUGCCGUCGUUGCUUCCGUUGUCGGCAUUCUGUUACUUGUCCUCUGCAUUUGGAUCUCUUUAAGAUGCAAAAAUUAAGCCAAGGGAAAAUGAGGAACGUAACUGCUGAUGGAUUGAGCACGGCUGAGUCUUUGCAAUAUGACUUAGCCACUGUCCGGGCAGCAACUAAGAACUUCUGUGAAGAAAAUAAACUAGGACAAGGUGGAUUUGGAGCAGUUUACAAGGGCAAGCUUCCGCAUGGACAAGAUAUAGCUGUAAAAAGGCUAUCUAGGGCUUCUAGACAAGGAGAUUUAGAAUUCAAAAAUGAAGUCCUCUUUGUGGCCAAACUUCAACAUCGGAAUUUGGUUAGACUUCUUGGCUUCUGCUUAAAAGGAGAUUAAAGACUUCUAAUCUAUGAAUUUGUGCCAAACACAAGCCUUGGUCAUUUCAUUUUUGGUAUGUGCCUUUUAGUUUUUGCUCUUGAUUUGACUUCUUUACUUGCAUGAGAAUUCUUGUUUUCGAAUAAUUCAUUGUGAACUCA